AUGGCCAGCACAGUCCCAACUAUCCAGGCCACUAUCAAAGACCAUGGUGACGGCAAUCGCACAUCUGAACCGCGAAAGAAUGCCCCACACUCUCCCGCUACCGGCACGAGUGACGCCGUGCCCAACUCCACGGCCAAUGACAACGGAAGCAGCGAAUCACGCUUGAAGAAGACCGUGUCCCCUCUCACCAGCGUCCCGGUUCAAAAACAGCAGCAGCAGCAGCAGCGGGCAAGCACCGAGGCGGCGCUACCGGCGACGCACAAGAAGACGAAGAAGAAGAAGAAAAAGAGCGAGGGAGAUGGCAAAGGCAAAGGCAACAGCACCGACACCAAGCCCAGCCAUCCCACUCAAAGCCCCUCCUCGACCCGCUGCGACUGUGGUAAGGAAUUCGUAAACCCAGCCGCGCUGCGCAGACACCGAGCCACGGCGAAGGCACAUGCCCAACCACCGGCUCCGUUCUGCGACAGACCGGCCAUGGUGCUGAUGAAGGCUCUGAGAGAGGCUCCGCCGACGUUGGUCGAGGGGGCCCGGCUGUCGAACGGCGUUGCUCUUUCCGUUGCCGUUGGCGAGAACGGCGGCGUGGCGAAAACGGGGGAGAGGCAUGACGAGCAGACGGACGUACAUCUAUGCGAGUGCGGACGCGCCUUCGACUCCUGGGGGGAGGUAUACAAGCACCUGCCCGGCUCGUCGGUGCACAAGGCCGGGAGCCAAGUCUCAGUGUACUCGGGGAAGGCUCUCCGUCCGCGGGCGGCGGGGAAGGAGGCUGAGCAGAGACCGAGCGAGGAGGCUUCAGGCCCGUCUUCGAGCCAGAUGGCGAGGGGCGUCGAGCAUCCUGUGGCCGAUACGCGAGGUAAAGCGGAUGGAGGUGGUCCGCCCAAGCGCCGCGUACAGUGCAGUUGCGGGAAGACGUUGAAGGACGCGAACGCGCUGCGCGAUCACCAGCGGCAGUCUCCAAAGCACAAGGAUCCACCGCCAAAGACUGCAGCGUCCAGCCAGGGCGCCCUACGCUCGAUGCAAAAGCAGGCAACGGCCACCAAUUCGACGCUCGCUUUUCGUCCUGCUCUCACAAACCACACAGCUGAGGCGAACGCUGUGCUCCCUUCCCCCACCCCUUCUGGCUUGAAAGAGAAGCGUCCCAAGCAGAAGAACCGCAGUCGACGUGACAGGCAAGGCCGCACUGGUGACGGUGGGUGUGACGGUCAAGAUCCAUUCAUGGGAUACAGCUACAUUACUGGAAUAAGCGGGAUGCGAAAUUAUGGCUACGGCUACGCCUCUGGUUUCGAUAACGACUUAAACUGGGGUCUUUGUGACAAGGACUGUGGCUGGUGCGGGCACUGCAUGGAUGGCGUUGACAUCUGA